AUGGGUAAAGGGAAAGCGAAACCAAAAGCCAACGCCGAGAAGACCGCCAUCCAUACCGCGAAAAAAGAAGCAAAACGCGCCGCUCGUGAAGCUUCCGGUGUCAAAAGACCACAUAAAACAGCAAAAUCCCACGGAAUAUCAGUGAACGACCUCCAAAUCAAGACGCCACCUUCGGGCGCUGCGGAAGCCCUAAGUCAUGUCAAAUGGCCUUCGCUAUUCAAAAAACAUAUCGGGGUUCUGGAAAGUCAUGUCAAACAUUUGGAAAGGGUUCAGCAAAGUGUAAAGGACUUCAUGCUUGGGCUGCCUGAUGUUGAAAGGGACGCCUGGGAAAGAGGGGAGAAGGGUCAUUUAAAGAUUAUCGUCGGAUGCGUUGAAAGGGCCAAAGAAACCGUGAAGAAUGCGAAGGAGGCUGUCAGUUUAUUGCCUGGUCACAACGCUGCCUCCGCUCCGGCACCAACACUUCCAACUGCGCCAGUUGACGAGGAUGGGGAUAGCGAGAUGGAGGAUGCAUCAAGUAGCAGCGAUGUAGACGAAGCAGCAGACGCUGAGUCCACCAUCGAACCAACCAAAGCGAACGGCGCGGUAGUUGUCGAAGCCAAUCCGUACUUUGUGGUUGAUACAGAGCCUACGCCGGUUACAGUCGAGCUGGGCGCAAGCCAAUCGCAUACGAAAAAGAACAAAUCGCGCGCGAAGGAAGAACAUGCCUCCAGCGAGACACCUGUCGAUUUCGAGGCUCUGCAAGCAAAACUUCAGGCCGAGGUGGACAUCGGGGAAGCUACAAAAGACAUCGAGGCACACGGAGAGGUUGCAGAGUCCAAGAAAGACAAAAAGAGAAGAAGGAGCUCUGACGGCUUAAGCAAGGAGGGAAAGAAGGCAAAGAAGGAGGAAAAGGAGAGGAAGCGGAAAGCAUCUGGGGAUGGGGGUGAGUUAGUUGUUGGUCGAAAAAGGAAGUCUUGA